UUGAAACCUCGUUGUGCCGUGUGAAGGGCUUUUUGUAGAAGCAGUCAGGAUGAAGAUCAGAGUUGUUUGCAGGAAGUUGUACGAUUACGUGAGGUAUGAUCUUAAAGAGAUCGCCUUCCCAUCUUCUCUGCCGGACCCUCCGGGCACCAUACGGCGUCCCAAGCUCACGCUGAAAGAAAAAUGGUGUAUCCUCAAGGAGGCCACCAGGCUCUAUGGAGCUUCCUGGGUCAGGGACAUUGGUCCGGAGCUCAGGCCAAACGACUACAAAAAGGCCAAAGAGGAAUCGGAUCCCACCAGCACCGAGAAGGGGAAAAGUACAGGUGAGCCUACCGUGCUGGAGGAUCUCGCAGUGGCAGCGAGGGGUGGGGCCGAGACCCUGAAGCCCGCGCUGCGUCGCAUAUACAUGACCCGUGCCUCGACCUACACGAGCGCGGUGAAGAACUAUGUGGAGACCUAUCAGGAAGGGCUGAAGGAUGUCUUGGAUGAGAAGGCUGCUGGAAAAGGUCAGCAGGGCAAUGAGCCAACGAAACCAUCAGCAUUGCCACCACCGCCGCCACCGUCAUCAUCAUGAGUUUGUUUGAGUUCUCAAGGAUUUUUUUAAUAAGACCCGUAGCUUAUCUUCUGUAUGUAGUAGGUCAGAGUUGCCGGCUGUGUGGUCGGGUACAACACUCAGAAAUGCUUUGCUCAUUCCCCAAAAUUUUCAUCGUGAGUAGAUCUCUUAUCUUUGGUUAUCUGCUGGUCUGGAUUGUGUGAAGUGUGAACUCUAAUGUGCAUGGUUCCUAUGGUCUAUAGAGAUCAUU